AUGUCGAGCAGCAGGAACAGCCGCUCAGGUGUGGCCUGGGCAGCCGUGAGCGUGUUGGCGUUGUGCAUCAGCGUUGACAGCGUGCGCGGCAUCCCCGCCUGGCGCAAGAUCUUGAGAGAGAUCGCCCUCCCCGAGUCUGCCGCAGCCUCGUCGCCGAGCCUCAAGGUCCGGGUGCUCCCGGACCUCCCGGACUUGCUGGCUGUGGUUCGGAUGCUGGAGGUUCGGUGGCUGGGGAGGCGCGGGUUGGAGAGGGUUGUGCUGGUGGCUGUGGUGGAGGAGGAGGUGGAGGAAGGGGUUUGCAGGAGUUGGGAGGGUUCCCGGCGGCUGGCAGUGCGGUGCUGUGCGGUGGAGUGGAGUAUGCCGAAAAUGGAAGUGGCGAGGGAGAAUUCCUCCUCCAUUAUCGUGCGCAGCUGA